GAGGGCACAAGGGCUGCACUGACAUGCCCCAUCCCUGCUUGCUCACAGCAGAAAAUCCUUUCACCUGCCAGGAGCUAUCAUUAGACAAGGCAACACUGGAUUUUUUUUGACCCUGAAAAUGAACUUUAGGAGGAUUUUCCUAGUCAAGUGCUUGCUGCUUUUAUUUCCCAGUGUAAAAUGCUCCAGCACCAGCUGGAUUUACAAAGCAGUGAAUGAGACAGCUCUUCUCAGCAUCACUGCUCCCGGGAGCUUCCAUGAGGCAACAUGGACCAAGGGCAGACAAAGGCUGGUGCAGAUCAAAGGUAACAGCGCCAGGCACUUUGUGAACAAGGACCAGUGCAGGUGUGCGAUACUCCGGAACGGGACUCUGCAAAUCAAGAGCGUGGAGAAAGGGGACAGUGGGAACUACACAGUGAUGGCUUAUCAGCAGGAUGGAAAACUGAAGGCAGAAGAAAAUAUAAUGUUCUUUGUUCAGGGACCUGUCCCUCAGCCAAUCCUCACAGCUGAAUGUGGGAAUAAAAGUGUAUCUGUCAAGUGUGAAGCAAAAGAGAAGGCUAAGGAUGAAGCAUUUCUAAUGGAACUGACUCAACCCAAUGGCAAAACAAUCCAAAAGAAUGCGACGGUGCUGGAAUGGCACGGGAGCAACUCUGGGACGUUCCGAUGUGUUGCUAAGAACCAAGUCAGUGAAAAAAUGGCUGAAAAAAUCAUUAAAUGCCCAGGCAAGAUGGACUUUAACCUCAUCUUAAGCAUAGCAGGAGGUGCAGUGAUCUUUGUCAUCUUUGUGAUUUGUCUUAUUUAUUGUAUCAGAAGGAAGAAAAUAAAAAGGCGUGAAGUUUAUGAGGAGGAGCGAGUGAUGCAGCCUCUGCCCGUGGACCGCGAGAGAGGGAUGCGGGAGCUGCCUCAGACUCCAUCCACCCCCACCCCGAAGCGGCUGCGGGUGCAGCAGCGGCCACUGCCCCCACAGCCCCCACAGCCCCCACUGCCCCCACAGCCCCCACAGCCCCCACGGCCCCAGCCGCGACCCCGCGCACAGCCACGGACCCCAAACCUCCCCAGAGAAAGGCCCUGAGCAGACAACCUGGGAGGAGGGAUGCUGGUCUCCCUGCUCCACCCUUCCCUGGGAAAAGAAGGUUUCCCACAGCCAGGAGCCCCUCCUGCCCAGGCCUGUGUAACGCUCAGCUAUGAAAAGGCGGCUUUCGUUGCAGAAAAUUAGAGAGAGCGUCAAAUGGAGACGAAGAGACCCAGUGGAGGAGGCUCAAGGUGAUGGGCAUUCAGCCCUGUGGCCAUUUUUUUACAGCUGUCUUCAUGUUAGGAUAUGGAUAUGGAGCACUGAGCCUUGGAACCUGUGUCUUUCACUUGUUUUCACUGCACCUUGUUGUCUUCAUGCUUUUUGGAUGGUUUUCACCAAGAGGAAGCUAAAGCUCUACUGAGAUAAAAUGGACCCAUGGAUCUUACAGGGUUUUAUCUCCUGCUACACAUUAGGACAGCUCUCUGGCUCCAGCAUCAAAUACACGGCCUCCUGGACCAAAAAAUAAUUGUAUGUAAUUAAAUAUUUGUCUGAAGUUGAAAGGAUUUGUGUUGUAUAAUGCAGAGAAAAUAUUUAAAGGACAUGAGAGAGCUUUGAAGCACCCGUGUGGGAAAAACACAAAUGGGAAAGGAAUAAACAUUUCCCCUUUCUCCACUGUGUUUAGAAAGGAACUGUGGGCUUGAAUUGCAGCAAGGGAGAGUUAGGUCAGUAUUUUAUUUUGUUUUUUUUAAUGAAACACUGAGAGAGAUCUCUGGGAGAGGUUCUCCAACACUGGGGUUUCAAAGGGUGGAUGAGAAUGAGUAAUGAGAACAUCCUGUGAAGGGCCAGGAGAUUGUGCUACACAGCCUCUUCAGGGACAGUUUCAACCCCAUUUUCUGUGACUUUUAGGCAAAUAAAACAAAUCUUUGUUCUCAGCUUAAGUCUGUGUGGCUAUCCAGACAAUUUUAUUUUUUUUUUUUUUUAUUUGCACAGAAGAGGAUUUGGUCUCGUUUGGCUUGUGAAACAAAACAUUAUAAACUGCCAGCCACUAGGAUUACUGGUGGCACUGAAUUGUCAGGGGUUUACAUCUCAGGGCUCCUGCUGAGGCUGAGGGACGGCGUCUCUUGAUUUUGCUGGUAUUGCCAGGGGAUGACAGAGAGCUGCUGAGAGAUCUGCAUCCCCAGGGGGGAAGCUGGACUGCAGUAAGUGCACCUGCAUCACCUUCCACGUGCUGGACACUGCUGGCUCCUCUGGGCCUUGGGGCUGUCCGUGGCUGCCUCUACAGGACAGCUGAGGAGCUGAGAGCACAGGCCAGUUUUAGAGCAGUGUCUGGAUGGGUACACUGACCCACCUGGGCUAAAAGGCCGGGCAGGUGAAGGAGGAGAGGGCUACAAGAGCCACAGAGACAUCCAGCUGAAGUGUCAGGCAGAAGAGCACCUGACACCUCCUUCAGGCUGGCCUGUUGCACAUGUGCCAGGGGAGCUAAAAUGGCCAUGCUUUGUUUCUCCUGAGAAAUAUGACUAUUUUUAUCUUCUGCUGUAAGGGCAAGGAGGCAACUCGUCAGGAAAAGGAAGUGUCUGCCUGCUCUGGAGCUCAGUCACUUCACUUGAACUCUGACAGCAGGAGCAGCCCUGGGAGUGCCACUUGCUCUUGCCUUAGCUUUCUGCAGCUGACUUUUGGGCUUUUGCUAUUUAAAAUUGCAUUUUGUGAAAGUUUCAUGGUUUAUUUUGUAACAUACCAUAUGCUAUAUCCCUGUACUGAAUGAAUAAAGAGAAGACUGGGUGCAGAGGA